AUGACUCCAGCCCUCCAUCCCAGUAUCAUCAUUGUGCCCGGCUUAAUGAAAUCCUUGCUUGAGUUCAGUGAGGAGAACGCAGACGAUAUUCCAAGACACACAAACACACAAGCUGACAUUCACACUUCACACUCCAGGUUUCUGGCUGUGACAAUGAUGCAGCCAGACAACGCCCGGCGGGUAUUCCCGUGUUUCGAUGAGCCGGCUCUGAAGGCGACCUUUGACUUGACAGUGAUUCACCGACCGCAGUACACAGCCGUCUCCAACAUGCCCGUCAAGAUGACCUCAGAGAUGUGGGUUCACGGGCAACUGUGGAUCGUGACGCGCUUCCAUCGGACGCCGCUGAUGUCCUCCUACCUGCUGGCGUGUGUGGUCUCCGAUUUCCCAUCCAUCGCAGAGACCUUCAACAAAGUCACAGUGAGAGUCUGGGCUCGGAAGCAGGCGAUGGAGGAUGGACAAGGGGAUUAUGCCUUGCGGACAGUGGGGAGGCUCCUGCACUUCUAUGAAGAGAAGUUUCAAAUCCUCUACCCUCUGAAGAAGUUAGACCUGGUGGCCGUGCCCUGUUUCGAGAAUGGCGGGAUGGAGAAUUGGGGGCUGGUCAUCUUCAGGGAGAUAAACCUCCUUUUCCAGCCCCAAGAGGACUCAGACAGCACCAGGCAGGAGCUGCGCCUUGUAUUGGCCCACGAACUGGUACAUCAGUGGUUCGGGAACUUGGUGACCAUCAAAUGGUGGAACGACCUGUGGCUGAACGAGGGAUUUGCCACCUACUUCAGUUACCUUGGCAAUGCCUUCAUCAGCCCUGAGUGGCCAGUGGACUCUGUGUUUGUGGGCAAGAGCCUCCGUAUCAGCCUGGAGUCAGACGCCCAGCCGAACUCCCACCCACUCUCAGUCAGUGAGCAGGAGGUCGGCAGCAGCCAGCGCAUCAGCCAGCUCUUCAACGACAUCUCCUACGAGAAGGGUGCGUCUGUUCUCCGGAUGGUCUCCAACUUCAUGACUGAGAAUGUCUUCCUGCAAGGACUCCUGAGCUACCUGAAGGAGUUCAGCUUCAGGACGGUGACUUACAUCAACCUCCGCACUCACCUGCAAAAGGCCAUGAACAACCAGUCAGCAGUGACCCUCCCCACCAACCUGAAAUCCAUCUUGGACAGCUGGGCCCUGCAGCCAGGCUACCCAAUGGUGACCGUGAACACCAGCUCCGGACUCGUCUCCCAGCAACACUUCCUCCUGUAUGGAUUGUCCACGGUGUCCAGCCCCUCCAGGUUCCGGUACAGCUGGUACAUCCCAGUCACCUGGCAACUCAACACCAGCCUGCAGGACAUGAUCUGGAUCAACAGAACAAGACAGGUGUACGUGAGCCAGUUGGUGGUGAGAGAUCAGACCUGGGUGUUGGCAAAUAUCAAUGCUGUUGGCGUUUACAGAGUUAAUUAUGACGAUGACAACUGGGACCGGUUGCUGAUCCAACUGAUGAGAAACAGGGAUGCCAUCCCAGUGAUCAACCGGGCUCAGCUCAUCGACGAUGCUUUCAGCCUUGCUCGUGGGCAGCACGUUAGGAUCACACGUGCUCUGGAGACGACACGCUACCUGCACACGGAGACCGAGUCCCUGCCCUGGGACACCCUCAGAACACACCUGGACUUCAUGGAGUUGGUGCUGAGGGAGAACCCCGCCUACAACCUGCUGGAGGAGUACGUCCUAAGCAAGGUCAGCCCUGUCUUUGACUACGUGGAGCUGGCUAGUCCCGGACUGCGCUCUGCGCCCAGUGAAGGCAGAGAGCAUCCACCUGCACCCCUCACUCCUCCUUCUCCUCUCCCUCUCUCCCCCUACCACACCCAGCAAGGUCGGGUCUCCAGACUGACGUUUGCUGGGCCUCCAGGCUUGGAGGAGGUGGUGAAGACCAGGCCCCGAGCUUGUGGGGGUGGAGAUCCUGCCCCUGCCAUCAGCUCUAAGCCCAGACCCUCCCUCUCCUCUCCACCCAGGUUGGCCCAGGAAGUGGUGGUUGGCGUUGCCUGCUCCAACGGGCUGCGCAAAUGUAACACGGCAGCCAAAGACCUCUUCUCCCGCUGGAUGGCACAGCCGGACGUCAACCCGAUCCCCCCCAGCCUACGCAGGGUGGUGUACUGCCGGUCGGUUGCCGAGGGUGACCAGGCCGAGUGGGACUUUGCCUGGAAGAUGUACGAUUUGGCCGAGAGCGCCGCUGAGGCGCAGACACUCCGCUACUGCCUGGCCUGCAGUGCCAACACUGCCAUCCUGGCCAGGUACCUGUCAUUCACCCUGAUGCCGUGGAAGAUUAAUAGACAGGACACUUUAGCCACCAUUGCCUUGGUUGCCCAGAACAUCAAUGGCAAGAAGCCAGCCUGGGACUUCAUCAAGGCCAGUUGGAGUAACAUCACAUCUGAGUUCAACACGACCGAGGCAAUCGUGGGUCUGCUUGAGGGUGCCACCUCCAGAUUCUCCACCGAAGAAGACCUGCAGGAGCUCGAGGAAUUCAGGCAGUUCACUGAGGUCAGUGGAUUUCAGUUCCUCUCGCAUUUCCUGGACCGGACAAUCACGCGGACAGCCUCCUACAUCCAGUGGAGGAAGGAGAAUGAGCAGGAAAUCUUCCAUUGGGUUAACAAUAACCUCUGAAGACCAUCCCCCUCCAGCGCUCAGAUGCAGUCGUGGACACAUUCAGGACUUCUCCAUGGGAAGGACCAGGCCCUGUUGUUGUUCACAGUCGUGGCCCAUUCUCUCAACAGCGACCCCCAUACGUGGGGCUUCGGUAGGACAUCCAGCACCCUCGGGAGUGAGCGUUCAUUGGGGAUCUCCUCCCCUGGGUGCCCACCGUCCUACGAUCGUGACCAGCCAGCCGGGCCUCAGACCAUCUUCACUCUCCAAUGACUGCCCUUGAGAAGCUGCAUCAGAUCACGCGCACCAGAGCCCUUACCUCCGCUGGAUCUGUCCUGCACAGUAAAGUUAGCUUAACCUGUGUCUCUCUGCAGACUCUCUUCAUGGUGUGGCCACAUGAUAAGACAUAACCCCACAUAGCCAACCCCCACUUAUCGACAAUGAAGUUGUCUGUCUGGAUGCAGGUAGAUGGGACCUGGCAGUAAAAUGGGUUGGCACAGGCUGGAUGGGCCAAAGGGUCAGUUUCUAUGUUGUAGU